UUCAGUUUACUGUGAGCAAGUGGCCGCGAUGGAUGAGUUUUUAUUGGAUCUGGUGGAGGUUCUCGAGGAAAACGAGAAGGACCUUAAGCGACUCCUCCUCGGUAUUUCCAAACUGCUGCAGGAUAAUGGAAAUGAAAGCACAUUAUUUGGCGCCCAACUGAUAAUGAUUUUAUCUUCAUCGAACUCCGACAGCGCUGAAAAAAUUCGACCACAAAGUCGCUUGGUGGAUGGAAAAAUGCUGGUGAAUCAUCUAUUGGUCAUAGCCAACGAUAUUCUUUACGGAGAGAGGGAGAAAUGUCUUGAGAAAUUGUUCGACGGCACACAGAAGCUUUUGGAGUCCAAUGAGCCUCAGAGAAUGAGAGUCGCCUAUUUUCUGAUAGCCAAGAUGCAGUUGUUGUGCGAGACCAGUGGAGGAAUAGGCCAAUCCCUACUGAACGUUUUACAGUGCAACGGUGAGCAGUUGUCAGCUUUUGUGAAAAUCGCUGCAAGCGUGGAGGAGCAGGAGGCCGAGCUGGUUGUCAGUUCUCUUAGGACCCAUCUACCACUGUUGGGCUUAUCCAGCGAUAUUGGCGGCCAUUGGUUGUGCUUUCUACGCAUUUUGUGUCUUAGACUCCUGAAGGAGAAACGAAUCCCGGUGCUGCGCCACACAAUCCUCUACUUUUAUGAGCGUCUUAGCGUUACUCAAGUGUGUCAUCUAGAUCUGCUGCAGGAUUUCUUAUUAGCUUUCAACAAUAACCAGUUGUUUGAUUACGAAUGUGAAGACGUCCUAGAAAUGGGGAAGUCCAAUUUUUUUAUUGGUGCUAAUGGGAAAAGUCUACUGGAGGCAAUAUUGACCGUUCCUUGGAAGGACCUUCCCUUACUGAUGUGUCUAAAUCGUUUAUCGUGGUUCGUAUUUCCGAUUGCUCCUCUGGGGUUGAUCCAAAAGUUAGGCUCUAGAGUUCAAGUCAUCAAUAAUUAUGAUAUUCGACAACUGGCGAUCUCCAAGUUUUUUUUUUUAUUCAGAAUCACAAUUGAAAGCUUAUCUGUGUCGGAUUAUAUAAAUUUAAUAGCAGCCACGAUGAAUAAAUACGAUGAAUUUCCAGGUUUUUCGCAACUAAAAGAAAAAAUUGAAGCCUCUUCAAAUUUUGAAGAUCAUAUUGACAGCUUCAACAAGCAUUCUUAUGAACUUCUUGUAAAUAAUUAUUAUGAAAAAUCUGAACUCUUUCCUAUUUUUAUAAAAAAACUGGAGAAGAUUCCUAAGCACAAACAUGGCUGGUGGCGAUUAAUUCUUUUCCAAAAAGAAGUGAACGAUGAAGUCAUGGACUUCUAUCGCACCGUUUACAACGUGGACACAUCGAUGCUCCUUACCGAUAAGAGUCUAGAUAAGAUUCAACAGCACCUAAUUGAUCGGCUUGGCUGCCAAACAAGCGAGGAAAAGGCAUUUUUAAGGUCCAGAUGCAUGGAUCUUUUCGUCCUAAUAAACCUUAAGUCCUGGAGCCAGUUUAACGAUUUGAAUUUAAAACCCCUAGAUGUUUUAAAUCAGAAUGUAUUAAAUCGAAAUACUUUUGGUCAUUUAGUAAAUAUUUUGGGUGAUCACAGCGAAAAAUUAGUAGAUGAAAGCAUACUGCGCGAUCUGGUUUCCCAUGUAAGGACGUCUUUCGAAAUUAAUGAAAUCUUUAAGUAUGCGGAAUCUCAUUUGACUUUGGAGGAACGUGAAAAAUUCGUAACGGACGUAUUGCAUGAUGAUGUUGCUCUUCGUUAUUCCCAUUAUUUCUGGAAUACAUUAACACUUUCGAUUUCCUUCCUUAAAAAAAUGAUUCUACAUGGCGAACCCUUAACGGGAGAUGCACGCAUUGAAGCCGCCUAUGUAACCAGAACUUGUUCGUCAUCGUAUGUACGAAAUUCUUUUUUUAUUGAAUGCGCCUUAUACCGUAAAGAAGAAGAUGAUAUUAGUAAGCUGUGUGAUGAUCUGCUAAGCAUUAACAAUGAGCUGUCCAUUGAAAAUCCGGACUAUUUGGAAAAUUCCAAUGUGCACAGACGAAAAAUACGUAUUCUUAUUGCUUUGUGGAAAUUGCAUGAUGAAUGGAAACAAUGGAAAUGGUCAGAUAAGUUAUGGGAAGCGCUACUGUGUUCCAACGAUUUAUUGGGAAUCAACAUCGUGUACGAGUAUCUGGUAGCCCGAAUGCUACCAAGCAUUCAUCCCCUACUGCAUAAACUGAAGGUGCUAUUAACUCUAGAGGCAACCCAACAGGAAUCGCUCCUCUCCGUGGUACACUUGUACACCUUAAAGAACUGGGAGGAUCUUGAGAAAAAUAUUGUAAUUUUGGAACAAGUUUUCACCUUGGUACUACCGUUGAUAAUGGUAUCAAAUUCGCAAACACGUCGACUAGCACAACUAGUUCUGCAUAAAUUGGCAUGCAAGUCCCAAGAAAAAAGAACUGAGCUUCCACUAGCUAAUACCCUUAAAACCUCUUUAGAAGCUACUUUAGGGAAGGAACUUCGGAAUCAUAACUGGGAUCCGCGAUUUGCAUAUAGGCCUUCGCUUUUAUUUGAGACACGGGUUGAUGACUUAAUUGCUAUGACAGGUGCACCAUUUGAUGAAUGUUUUUCACGAUAUUGUGAUGAACGAGCUGCUAAAAAGUACAGAAAAGGAGCAGUUAUAUCUUCAGCCGUGUUAUUUAGAUCUAAGAAUCACAAAAGCAAGUGCACCUAAAAGGAAAAGAGCUGAGUACUGCAUAACAAUAAAUCCAAUUAUGUAUAUCUAUUAAAUAGCUUUAAGCAAUACAUUCCAUUGAAUUAUGUAAAGGGAUUUAAAUAAAGUUAUAUCGAAAACAA